AUGUGGGGACCGCCAGGUGAAACGGAACGAGAGUGCGAGAAGUUCGCGAAGCAGUACGCGCACAAAUUGACAAAGAGCCGGUUUCUGACACGCGAGCAUCUCUCCAAUGAGAACUACUUGUACCAUAUGACUACACGCCACCUGUGGGUAAGAAACUACUGAAUUGGCGGUUACAAAAACGUACACUGUUUUCUUCCAGACCAGAAUCCAGGAGGUCCGUUCAGUGCCCAAAAUUCACAACGCGAAUAUGCUGUUCCACUCACUCGAUGUGAUCCCGGAUCAUGGAGCGCAGUACGUUCAGUCGACGUUCACAUUCGGGGGGAGUGUCUCCGUUUUCUGUUAGUAUGUCUUCUCUGCUUCAUUAAACUAACGUAUUUCAGAAUGAGGUAAUCCAAAUACGAUGGCUACCAAAACCUUCCCCAAAAUCUGUUCCGCACAUUCAAUUGAAAAAAUGUCUCGUUCGAAUUCUACAGAAGAUGACAGCCACGUACCGACAAAAUGUUUCAUUAUCAUCUUUCCAGAGCUGUGCAAACGUGGCGGACAUUCAGAAAGUGUUCCUAAACACUUCGUCGGAUUCUGAUGAUGAAGAAAACGACGGAAACAAACUGCCUGAGCAGCUCGCUUUUCCAGAGCUCCUAAUGAAUACGUUGAGAGGUAUGGCCUAUUUCUAUAGAUUUUAAUUUACCCCACAACUUCUUAGACUUGUUUCUGCAAUCCUAUCUUCUCGACGACGUUUGCCUCGAAGAUGCCGAGUAUGUUCCUGGUGAACACGAUUCCAUGAGAUGCAUCAGUUAUUAUAAAGGCACUCGAAGUCGCGAGGAAGUGUUCAAAAUGUACGGAGCCGCACGAGAGUCGUUUCUACAGUACACCUUCAGAUAUCAACUACGCAAAGCACUGUGAGUCAAUCAAAUAAUAAUGUUUUGUUACCUUCUCAUCUUUCAUUACAGUUGUGACAUGCGGAAUGCGAAAUUCGUGCCCGGCGACGCCACCAGAGGCACGUCGGAUACUUUUAAACCGCGCAAGGUAUUUACAAGGUCAUGUGCAAGCGCACAAUAAUUUUAUGAUUUCCUUUUCAGCACAGUGCCAAAUCCAGAAAGCGUCGUUAUAGCAACUGCAAAAACGACAACGCUUCGACUUCAUCGCAAUAA